UUGGCUGGCCGGGCCAUGGCCACCUGGCGGCGGGACGGGCGGGUGACGGCGCUACAGCAGUUGGGCUGCGCCGGACUGGCGGGAGCGCUGAGCCUCAGCCUGACGGCCCCGCUGGAGCUGCUGACGGUGCUGGCCCAGGUGGGCACCUGGCACUGCCGGCGGGGGCUGCGCCGAGCCGGGAUCAGCCUCUGCCGAGCCGAGGGUCUGCGGGCCCUCUGGAAGGGGAACCUCACCGCCUGCCUGCGCCUCUUCCCAUACAGCGCCCUGCAGCUCGCAGCCUCCCGCCGGCUUGUUAUACUUUUCACUGAUGAGUUGGGCCAUAUUUCCCACUGGAGAGCCAUCCUGGCAGGAAGUCUGGCUGGGAUGGUUGCAACCAUCAUGACUUAUCCCACUGAUGUUAUUAAGACACGGCUCAUAGUGCAGAACCGACUGGAACCAUCUUACAGAGGAAUUCUUCAUGCUUUUUACAAAAUUUAUCAUCAAGAAGGACUCCGUGCACUCUACCGUGGCGUUUCACCAGCUAUAUUAGGUGCUGUUCCAUUUUCUGCAGGCUCAUUCUUGGUUUACAUCAAUCUGGACAAAAUCUGGCAAGAACCCAUAGUUCAUUUCACUCCCCUUCAGAACUUCAUAAAUGGCUGUGUCACAGCUGCUGUGGCACAGACACUUUCUUUUCCCUUUGAGACUGUCAAGAGGAAGAUGCAGGCCCAGAGUCCUUGGCUUCCCCACUAUGGAGCAGUUGAUGUCCACUUCACUGGCAUGGCUGACUGCUUCCGACAAACUGUGAAGAACAAAGGUGUGCUUGGGCUUUGGAGUGGCCUCACCCCCAGUCUGCUCAAGAUUGUUCCCUACUUUGGCGUGAUGUUUAGCACCUUUGAGUUCUGCAAGAGGGUCUGUCUCUACAGAAAUGGAUAUAUUGAAUCUCCUUUAAAUUACAAGCUAACUCCUGGUGUGGAUCAGAGUUUACAGCCACAAGAACUCAGAGAAUUAAGGCGCUUCCCAAGGGAAAAGUUUCAGCCAAGGAAAUCAACUCUUGCUGAGUUCAGCGCCGGGGCUGGCGGAGGGAACCCCGAUGGUCCUUGGAGCUCCGUGACUCGCACCGCACCGCGGGAGUACCGGAGGAGGGGCUGCGGUUCGGUGAGGCUGAGCCGUCAGACUCUUCGCCUCCCCCGUCCCGCCCCAAACCACCUCCGUGCUCUGCCCCGCUGUCCCUGCGGGCUGUCCCUGCGGGCUGUCCCUGCGAUGCCAGCGGGUGGCGUGGAGAGGAUGCGGGAUCGGAAGGCCCCAUCACUGCCACCACUGCUGCCCGGUGCCGAGCCGGACAGCUCCGACCCUGGCGGCGGGGCCUGGAGAGGGGACCCCAUCCCGGGGGUGCUGUCCGGACACCGGGAAUGUGGCUCCGUGUGCCACCCCGGGACCCCAUCGCCCCCCGCUCCCCCCGACGCCUCCCGCGGCGUCCCCGAUCCGCUGCGGCGGCCACGCGGCCAUUUCAGCCGCCCGCCGCGCCGCUUCCCCCCGCCUCGUCUGGGUUCGCCUCGUCCGCUGCCUCCUCCCGCCAUGACCGAUGCGGCCGUGUCCUUCCUCAAGGAUUUCCUCGCCGGCGGGGUGGCGGCCGCCAUCUCCAAGACCGCCGUCGCCCCCAUCGAGAGGGUCAAGCUGCUGCUGCAGGUGCAGCACGCCAGCAAGCAGAUCUCCGCCGAUAAGCAGUACAAGGGCAUCAUCGACUGCGUGGUGCGCAUCCCCCGGGAGCAGGGCGUCCUCUCCUUCUGGCGCGGCAACCUGGCCAAUGUGAUCCGGUACUUCCCGACCCAGGCCCUCAACUUCGCCUUCAAGGAUAAGUACAAGCAGGUCUUCCUGGGCGGCGUGGACAAGCGAACCCAGUUCUGGCGGUACUUCGCCGGUAACCUGGCGUCCGGGGGUGCCGCUGGCGCUACCUCCCUCUGCUUCGUCUACCCCCUUGACUUUGCCCGAACCCGCCUGGCAGCAGACGUGGGUAAAGCCGGGGCUGACCGGGAGUUCAGCGGGCUCGGUGACUGCCUGGUCAAAAUCUUCCGUUCGGAUGGGCUCAAGGGUCUGUACCAGGGCUUCAGUGUCUCCGUCCAGGGCAUCAUCAUCUACAGAGCUGCCUACUUUGGCAUCUAUGACACCGCAAAGGGAAUGCUUCCAGACCCAAAGAACACCCACAUCAUUGUCAGCUGGAUGAUCGCUCAGAGCGUCACUGCUGUUGCUGGUUUGGUCUCCUACCCUUUUGACACGGUUCGUCGUCGCAUGAUGAUGCAGUCUGGCCGUAAAGGAGCUGACAUAAUGUACAGUGGCACUAUUGACUGCUGGCGGAAGAUUGCCAGGGACGAGGGCUCCAAGGCGUUUUUCAAAGGUGCAUGGUCGAAUGUACUCCGAGGAAUGGGUGGUGCUUUUGUCUUAGUCCUGUAUGAUGAAAUCAAGAAGUACACAUAAGCUGUUUCUUGUCACCUGGCAUGUUGUUAUAUGUAGCCUGUGACCGUUAACGGACUCGUUGGAAACCACCUGUAGUUACUAAACUGUGAGGGCUGAUGUUCAUACAGGUUGGCAUGGGGCAGGGGUGACUGCCUGCCCUGUCUUUAUCAAAUUAAUUCUCCUGAUGGGACCACCAGGGUUUCUAUUUGGGUCAUUCCUGCUUAAAGGGUACAAAGAAAUAAAAAUUUGAAACCAAC